AUGGAUAAAGACAAAGAGAGAUUGCUUACGAAAAAACGGCGAUUGAAAUCAGAAUAUGGAGUAGGGCGUCUUCGCCGACACUGUGUGAUUUGUUUGGAACAUGACGGCCGCCGGGCUCAAUUGUCGCCUUGCCGACAUGAUCAGUUUGACUAUGAAUGUAUUCGCCAAUGGUUAGAGAAAUCAUUGACAUGCCCGAUUUGCAAACAAUCAGUAGACUGUGUUUAUUAUGACUUUGCUGGGUCUGGCGGAUGGAAAAAGUGGUAUCCACACUCUUUUUUGUCCCGUCGAAAGAAGCAGAUAAGCAGGGCUUCUUCUUCUUUAAACGGAGAUUCCAUUUAUGGUGUAGCUUCUGAGAACGCAACAAAUAUCGUUGUUGUUCGACGACGGAUUUAUGAGGCAGGAUGGCCCAGUAUUUCCAUGACCUCUCAUCCUGAAAAUAGUAGAUAUUCCCGUGGAUUUACACCCGACCAGUUUUGUUUGGAUUCUUCCUUACAGGGACGGGCAGAUGCUUUUCUUACAACGGAGUUGAUGGUAUUUGAUUAUAUGGACUAUGAGCAAACAUUGUUUUUGCGUGAGUAUAUUCUUGGCCUUCUAAAGCGACAAUCCAUCUCGGAGGAACAAACGGUUCAUGAAUUCAACGAAUUAUUUGGUGAAAGAGAUGGUUCGUUGUUUUUACAUGAGUUAAGUCGGUACUUGUGUUCCUCUAUUUCUUCUCUUAGCACCUUAAUACACAGCAGAAGCUUUUUGUAUGGUCCUGAAAGACUAACAAUGGCUCAGUUAAAUGAAACAUAA